AGGAGCAGACUCUGCCCUGCCCGUCUGCGUCAUCGCUUUCAGUUCUUUUCCUCACCCGAAUACCCAAACCCGGACCCGAGAGAAAGCCCAUUUAUUGUACCGGAAUACUGCAAUAAAUCCCCGCUCCCCCCAUUAUGUAAAUUCAGCACUCACUAUCACGGCAUCACCUCGUUUGCAUCUAUGUUUGCUCUGUAUUUUUUUAGCUUACUGUAAAGUUUCAUUGAUUUUUUUUUUUGGAUUUGAGGAAUGGAAUUUGUUGUUGGGGGAGUUGGAGGAUUCGAAUGUGAGUUGAAUUUCUCGUGCUAAGAUCUGCUGGUGGUGAAUUCUGCAAUCGCAACUCAUUGGUUUUGUUGAUCGAAGAACUUGGCCGGGGUGAGGAAAGGAUGGAGGAUGAGUGAUUGGAUUAGUGAUUUUGAAGUAGUGGUAGGUGUAGCUGAAGAUCUGGAAACUCGGUCCCAUCGCCCUCAACUUUGAGAAGCUGAAAAAGAAGUAGAUACAUCAAUGAAACUUAUGGAGAUGGAGGAUAUGCAAGAUGAUGCUGGACCUUCAGAGGAGAAGUCUCCUAGAGCUGCAUGGUGGCCUUCCGAUUUUGUUGAAAAGUUUGGAUCCGUAUCCUUGGAUUCUAAGGACAGUAAACCGAAAAACAAAGAAUUGAAUGACAAAGAGAAGUAUGACAGACCGUCAAGUAUUACAGCAUCACAGAUCCUUUGGCGCACAGGAAUGCUUUCCGAACCAAUUCCUAAUGGUUUCUACUCUGUUGUUCCUGAUAAAAAGCUCAAAGAACUUUAUGAAGAUAUACCUACUCUGGAGGAGCUUCAUGCUUUGGAGACUGAAGGUUUGAGAGCCGAUGUGAUUCUUGUAGAUACAGAGAAAGACAAGAAGCUGUCUAUGCUAAAGCAGUUAAUUGUUGCUCUGGUUAAGGGUUUAAACACAAAUCAUGCGGCUAUGAUAAAAAAAAUUGCUGGAUUAGUAUCUGAUGUUUACAAACGACCAAAUUCAGAACUAAGUCCCAAGAAAGCUGCUCUAGAGGAAACCCUACAUUUAUCUGAGAAUAGAGGUGUGCAGAUGUUGGGCCAAAUAAAGCAUGGCUCAUGCAGACCUCGAGCAAUAUUAUUUAAAGUACUUGCAGAUACUGUAGGACUUGAAAGCAGGCUAGUGGUGGGUUUACCUAUGGAAGGUGCUUCUGAGUGUGUUGAUUCGUACAAGCAUAUGUCGGUCUUAGUUGUGUUGAAUUCUGUGGAAUUGCUGGUGGAUCUGAUGCGGUUUCCUGGCCAACUGAUACCACGAUCAUCUAAGGCUAUCUUUAUGACUCACAUAUCUGCUGCAGGGGAGAGUGAUUCUGCAGAAAAUGAUUCUUGUGAUUCACCAUUGGAACCAAACAGCCCUCUAUACGGGGUUUCAGAGAGAGUUGAUCCUGAGAGCCUCUGCAGUGCUGAGAAAGAAGAAAGUUUGCUCUAUCAGCGUAGACUAGAGGCAUCUUCAAAUGCAGUAGGGCCUUCAUUGAGGAAUAUGAUGUUGCGGUCAAAUUCCAUUGAUACAAAAUUGAGCUUGUCACAGAGUGAACCAAAUAUUGCUGCUGCAUUUUGGCAAAGGAGUCGCAGAAAGGUCAUUGCUCAAAAUAGGACUGCAAGUUCAAGUCCUGAGCAUCCUUCACUUCGAGCACGUGCCCGAUCUAUGCUUAGUGGAGAUAACAAACCUUUCAGAGAUUUUUCUGAUGACAUUGCUACAUCAAGGUCAGAAGGUGCAUCAACAUCUGAUACACGCCGAUUAAGAAGAAGAAGCAUGAGUAUGACUCCAGAGAUUGGUGAUGACAUCGUAAGGGCUGUGCGAGCAAUGAAUGAAUCACUGAAGCAGAAUCGUCUUUUAAGAGAACAAGGAGAAGGUGGCUCGUAUUCUUUUGGUUCAAAUGUCCAGCACCAACAAAAUGCAGGUCAAUCAAAAGAUGGUACUGAUAUUCACGUUGAUGAUCAUGACAAUAUCUCUGGUGGAAGAUCUUCCUUAUAUGCUCCUCUUAGGCAGCACAACUCUCAGAAGGCAGUUUCAUUACCUUCAUCUCCUCACGAGUUCAUGGGUCAUACUCCGCCAAGAAGUGGGAAUCACGGGGUAAAUGAAGAACUGGUUUCUACAUGGAACAGAGUUCUGGAUUUGCCCAUGUUCCAUAAUAAGCCACUGCUUCCAUUUGAGGAGUGGAAUAUUGAUUUCUCAGAGUUAACUGUUGGCACUCGUGUUGGGAUUGGAUUCUUUGGGGAAGUUUUUCGUGGCAUUUGGAAUGGAACGGAGGUUGCAAUCAAAGUGUUUUUGGAGCAAGAUCUCACUGCCGAAAACAUGGAGGACUUCUGCAAUGAAAUAUCCAUCCUCAGUCGUCUUCGGCAUCCAAAUGUCAUAUUAUUUCUUGGUGCCUGCACAAGACCCCCACGACUUUCGAUGAUAACUGAAUACAUGGAAAUGGGAUCGCUAUAUUAUUUGAUUCACCUGAGUGGUCAGAAGAAGAAACUAAGCUGGCGAAGGAGGAUCAAGAUGCUACGUGACAUAUGCAGAGGGCUGAUGUGCAUACAUCGCAUGAAGAUAAUCCACCGUGAUCUUAAAAGUGCAAAUUGCCUUGUGAACAAGCACUGGACGGUUAAGAUCUGUGACUUUGGGCUGUCAAGAAUCAUGACUGAUGCACCCAUAAAGGACUCCUCAUCAGCUGGGACACCAGAAUGGAUGGCCCCUGAGCUUAUCCGAAAUGAACCUUUCACAGAGAAAUGUGACAUUUUCAGCCUUGGCGUUAUAAUGUGGGAGCUAUACACUCUAAACAGGCCAUGGGAUGGAGUGCCCCCUGAGCGGGUUGUUUAUGCUGUUGCAAAUGAAGGGUCACGGUUGGAGAUACCUGAAGGGCCUGUGGGCAGGUUAAUUGCAGAUUGUUGGGCAGAACCCCAGGAUCGACCGAGUUGUGAGGAAAUUCUUACCCGCUUGCUAGACUGUGAAUUAGCACUUUGCUAAUCCCAACACUAUGUGCUUCUUUCGUUGUAUAGAAAACAGCACUGUUGAGGUUUACGGUGUAUUUCGGCUCAUUUGUAAAACUCGUGAGUUUCCAGCUUUAGAAUGAGGUUCUGUUUCAACUUCUGUAUCUGAGUGCUACAAAAUCGUUUUUGUGCAAUCAAACAGUGAAUUUUCCUGCU